AUGCCGGCAAUCGAGCGCCGCUCUCUUUCUCAGUCGCUGUCGGCCGUGGCAGUCAAAGGUCGUCGUCUCUUCACUCGCGAGACAGCGCCCUCGAACGCAGAAUGGCCUCCUCGGUCCUCGCCACUCAACCUCAAUGAGGCGCUCGAACAAGGCUGGACAGCUGCUACUUCCCCGCACUGUCUCAGCAAUCAGCUCCGGUCACCAACGACAUCCGCUUCAGCCCAUGCCAAUACUUGCGGCAAAGACUUUGGUCGACGACGCUCUUACAACACCACCACAGCCUCGAAUUCGAGUGGCGGCGCUACAAGUGAAGGCCCUCAACGACACCGCAAAUCGUUCUUCUCCAAAAAGCCUCGAUCGGAACAGCAGCAACUCCAGAGCUCCGCAGUCAACAGCACCGUAGUCACAAGUACUUCCUUCGUUGACCCCUUCGCCAGAGAUGCGGCGGAGCGGCUCGACGUACCAUCACAAGCAUCCAAUGAACCCAGCAUGAUUAUGUCUUAUGCCAGUCAUGUCAGCAUCAAGCGUCAAUCGAGCCACCGCCUCGCGACCCCGCAACACCAGCAGCUCAAGAAGAGAGAGGCGUUGGAUCGCAUUUCGGAUCUCAUUUGCUUGUCAGUCGAAAGCCAGAAUCAAGUGCCCCGCUCUCACGUUGGUGCAAUGUCGCCGACAUUCCUAUCGCCCUCAACUACUUUAUGCGACAGCCAUUCCUACUCGGUCCAAGGGCAACCCUCUCCGAGGAGCUUGACCUUUGGCUAUGAUGCCAACUCGAGCAUGGUUGCUUUCCCGGUCCGGGAACACGCCCAGAGUGUGCGGCAUUUGGUAGAGAGCAUCGACUCGAGUAACUCAGAUUACUUCUCGAGCGCAGCUUCACCUUCGCUCUCCACCAUAUCCACUAAGCCGGACUUGUUUGUGCCAGAGUUACAUCCGGAAGGGUCGCCAAUGCCCUUCUCUGCAGAAGAUUGCGCAGGUGGACCAAACCGGAUCUUGCUGCCUUCCUCUAUGAGGCGUUUUCCAAGUAGCACGACUGGCACGGACACCAGCACAAGAUCCAGCGCAUCCCUGAGGGCCGAAGUUGGCCAUGACUUCGGAAGCAAGCCAGCUUUAAGCACAGCGUCGAGAUACAGCUCCGCCAUGCAGCAUAUAUCUGAAUGGUCACUCUUCGAAGAGAGUAAUCUUUCUCUGCCGCCUCCGCCACCGCUCCGACCUUUGCGCAGUCCUCUACGCAGCAGAUCCAAGAGUCUCGGCGCGGCGGCAGCGGCAGCGGCAGCAGAACGCAAGACUGCUGGCAAACCUUUGCCGGCUAGAUCGCCAUCGCCUCCUCCACCGCUGCCGUCUUUAUCCGCAGCAGCUGCAAAGAGGGAAGCGAGCAGGCUGGUCAUGCCAUAUCAGCUAACCCCUGUGCAUACCCCGGCUCGAUCCAGACGAUCGUCAGGGCAAGACCGAAGAGGUAGUGAUGGUUGUGACAGCGGGGCUUCUGUCGCUUCCUCUGAUUCUCCUCCAUCAGCGCCGUUCCACACUGCAACUUUCGGAUCACCUCGAUGGACAACUCUCUCUCCUUCGUGA